AUGUUUGCUACUGCUGACUGUAUAAAUCAUUAUCCAGAACAACCAAUAUAUGAUAGUGAAUGGACUGAAAAUACUCGUACUGGAACAUCAUGGCUUAAUUUAUUAACAUCACAACCUAUUCCCGAAGAAACUGAUAGUAUUGAUGAUAAUUGUACACCCAUACAAAGUAAUAGGCAAAGUAGCUGUUCAUCAUCAUCAUCAUCAUCAGUAGAAAGUUGUUAUGUUGUUCUUGAAAUUCAACCACGUCGUUCAGUUGCUGAAACACCAAAUCAAAUUGAACGACAAGAAGAAGAAGUACAAGGUACAGAAGAAGAAGAAGCACAAGAAGAAGAAGAAGAAGAAGUAGAAGAAGAAGAAGAAGAAGAAGAAGAAGAAGAAGAAGAAGAUGAUGAUGAUGAAGAAGAAGUACAAGAAGUACAGGAAGUAGAAGAAGAACAAGUACAAAAAGUAGAAGAAGAAGAAGUAUUAGAAGAAGAAAUAGAAGAACUAAAUUUUGCUCGAACAAUUAGCAAUGACAAUCAUAAUGUAGACUAUGAACAAUUUGCUGUACCAAUGGCAACACAGACACCGAAGGAAGAACGUAUUGUUAGAUGUAAACAAGAAAAAAUCAUUGCUGUUGAAGAAUAUGCUAAAGUGACUGAACCUAUAAUAGAAGAACUGUCAAAUGAUAUUCUUUUUGAUAAAGCUAAAAUAUUAAGUAAAUUUACUAAAAGGAUGAAAGCAAUGUCUUAUGUAUCAAUAAAAGAACAACAAAAUCAUUUAUCAACAUUCGAUGAUGAAUCAUUAAAUAUUACAAAACUUAAAACAAUACGAAAAAUAAAUGAAUAUUAUCCAACAGCUAUUUCAACUGUAACAGCUGAACAACAACCAAUUAAUCAGCAUUCAAAUUCAUCACAUUAUUCAACAACAAGUCUUGAUUCAAUUGAAAAUAAAUCAUUAUCGUCAUCAUCACCAAUUCCAAUACGAAUUACAACAACAUUUUCUAAUUUAUCACCUCAACGUACAUCAUCAAAUCCAAGUCAAGUUCAACGAACAGGUCUAACAAUGGGUACAACAACACUUACACGUACAUUUGCAUUUGACCGUGCUUGUAUGGAAAAAUAUGGUCGUGUACAAGAGCAAGGAAAUAAACCUAAUGAAAUUCCACUAAAAUCAAAUGGUGAAACUAUUAUUAAAAAACAAAUAGAAUUACCUAACAAAAAACCCGGACAAACUGAACAACUUCCACAUUCAGAAAAUACAUUUCAUUGUCGUUCAUUUACGAAUACUAUUCCAACAUCAUUUUAUGUUGGUGAUGAAUCAAAUACAAUUGAUGAUUCAGAAUUUGAUCGUCGUUCAACAACUCCUUCUUCAAUAGCAAUGUCAAACAGUGUAUCAAAAACAUCAUCGUUUUUAUGCUUAAUGAAAAAAUAUGCUCGAACAGUUAAAUCUGAUUAUCGUUUAACACAUAAUAAAAGUAAUGCUAAUCUAUCAUCAGAACCAACAUUACUUCAAGUAAAAUAUCUUGAUGGUAGACAUCCAUUAAAUGAUGAACAAGCUCGUGAAUCAUUUCGAAAAAAUUCAACAUUAACUGAUUCAAUAGCUAGUCGACUUAAUCGAUUUGGUUCACAAAAUACAUUUUCAACACAAGACUUAUCAUCAUCACCAACACCAUCAUUUUAUUCAUCAUGUCGAAAACGAGUGUUUAAUCGUUUUCGAACUUUCGUAGAAAACAAUUUCAUUGAACCACCACCACUAUCAUCAAUACCACAAUCAAGACCAUGGCAACACAAAACAAUUAGUGAACUUUUUAGUGAAAAAAAAUAUAUAGUUAAUCGUCGUUGA